GAAGGAAAAACCCAAGCGGCGGAGGGAUGGCAGCCGAGCUGCCCAGCGAAGCCCGGGAGCGGCUGAGCCUGUGGGAGAGGCCCCUGAGGCCCCUGGCGCCCCUGACCGAGCGGCAGCAGGAGUCGGUGCUGCAGCUGAGGGAAGCGCUGCCUUGCCUGCCCGCCCCGGCUGAGCUUCCUAUUGAAGAUUUUAGCAGUCUUGGGCAACAAUCAUUAACCGUAACAUUGACAGCAACAGUGCCAGAAUCCACAGAGGACAUCCUCUUGAAAGGGUUUUCCAUGUUGCGUAUGGAAAAUGAAAGGAUCGAAACAGCACAGCAGUUCUUCUCAUGGUUUGAUCAGCUCCAUACGCAGAUGGAUCAAGAUGAAGGGGCUAAAUACAGGCAGACAAGAGCUUGCUUGUCUGGAUUUGAAGAGCAAUGCGAUGCUAUCUUGAGUGAUGUCAGCAGUGCUCUUCAGCACCUGGAGUCAUUACAGAAGCAAUAUCUCUUUGUUUCCACCAAGACAGGAACGCUGCAUGAAGCCUGCGAACAGCUAUUGAAAGAGCAGUCAGAGCUUGUGGACCUGGCAGAAAAUAUCCAACAGAAACUGUCAUAUUUUAAUGAACUGGAAAAUAUUAAUACGAAACUGAAUUCCCCUACAUUGUCUGUAAACAGUGAUGGUUUCAUCCCUAUGCUGGCUAAACUUGAUGAUUGCAUUGCAUAUAUUUCAUCGCAUCCAAACUUUAGGGAUUAUCCCGUAUAUUUUGCAAAGUCCAAACAGUGUCUUUCAAGAGCUAUGCACCUCAUGAAAACAUACACUGUGAAUACACUACAAAACCUCACAAACCAGUUAAUUAAAAGGGACCCUUCAGUUGUACCAAAUUCUGACAAUGCCUUCACAUUAUUUUAUGUGAAGUUCAGAGCCGCUGCACCCAAAGUCAGAACACUUAUUGAGCAGAUAGAGCAGCGGUCUGAGAAGAUGCCCGAGUACCGGCAGCUGCUAAACGAAAUCCAUCAAUGCUACCUUGAUCAGAGGGAGCUCUUACUAGGGCCUAGUAUUACUAGCACUGUGACAGAAUUAACUAACCGAAACAGCAGAGAUCAUUGUGCUCUGGUACGAAGUGGCUGUGCUUUUAUGGUCCAUGUGUGCCAGGAUGAACACCAGCUGUUUGACGAGUUCUUCACAAAACCAACACCCAAACUGGAUGAACUUUUGGAGAAGUUAUGCCUGUCAUUAUAUGAUGUCUUGCGGCCACUGAUCAUCCAUGUAAUUCACUUAGAAACUUUGUCUGAGCUCUGCGGGAUUCUCAAAAAUGAAAUGCUUGAAGAUCACGUGCAGAACAACGUGGAACAGCUGGCUGCAUUUGCUGCUGGAGUUAGGCAGAUGUUGGAGGAUGUUCAAGAGCGUCUGGUCUACAGAACGCUUAUCUACAUUCAGACUGACAUCAUAGGCUACAAACCGGCCCCGGGUGAUCUUGCCUAUCCUGCCAAGCUGGAAAUGAUGGCGCAAAUUGCCCAAAGUCUAAAAGAUGAAGAGAGAAAGUCGCCUGCAGAUCCUUCGUUUUCAGAUAUGAAGCUGGAAGAUUCGGAGAACUGCAGCGUGGUAAAAAAUGAUCCAUUGGAACCCUGCCAUCCUAGACUUCAUGCUACAAUUUCACCUGCAGAUCUGCAUGGGAUGUGGUACCCUACUGUGAGAAGAACGCUUGUGUGCCUCUCCAAGCUUUACAGAUGUAUUGAUAGGGCAGUCUUCCAAGGAUUAUCGCAGGAGGCCUUAUCUGCCUGCAUACAGUCUUUGCUAACAGCUGCAGAUUCCAUUUCUAAAAACAAGACCCAGGUUGACGGACAGCUUUUCUUAAUAAAACAUCUUUUGAUUCUUCGUGAACAAAUUGCUCCUUUCCACACUGAAUUCACCAUUAAGGAAAUUUCCCUGGACCUUAAGAAAACUAGAGAUGCUGCGUUUAAAAUCCUGAACCCUAUGACUGUUCCACAUUUCUUUAGGCUUAGUAGCAACAAUGCACUGAUACAGUUCCUGCUGGAGGGCACUCCCGAAAUCAGAGAGCACUAUAUUGACUCGAAGAAGGAUGUGGAUCGGCACUUGAAGUUUGCCUGUGAGCAGUUCAUUCAGCAGCAAACCAAGCAGUUUGUGGAGCCUCUGGAGGAAUUCCUGGCGAAGGUUUCUGCUCUGAAGGCAAUGGCUACUCAAGGUGGACCUAAAUACAGCCUUUUGCAGCAACCUUGGGCGCAACCAGCAAAGAUUGCCGACUUGGUGUCUUCGACAUACAGGACCAUCAAAACAAAACUGCCCUCGACGUUGCAGAGCAUGUCGCUGUAUUUAUCCAACAAGGACACAGAGUUCAUCUUGUUCAAGCCAGUUAGGAACAAUAUUCAGCAAGUGUUCCAGAAGCUGCAUGCUCUACUAAAAGAAGAAUUUAGCAAAGAAGAUCUCCAGAUUGUAGCCUGCCCUUCAAUGGAACAGGUAAAUCUCCUUUUGUCAACAGCAAAGUAGUCCCUCUUUGAGAAGCCUCUUCAAAUUGUCUGUCAGGCAGUGAAACGGACAUUUAUCUGAAGCCGACUCGGGGUGUGCCAUCCUACCUGCUCUAGCAUCAUCCAUCUAAACGUCAGGUGAACAAGAGGAGGAUGAACACCAGUAUGUUAUAACUU